AUGAAACUGGGUGAAACACAAGGAAUAUUGCACGCGGAAUUCGAAACAGGAGAAAAGUUUAAGAUAAUGCUAUUCGGGAGCACAUAUACAGUAAAUGUAGAAUUGGAAAAGCAAGUUGUGCGCUUCCAAGAUACUUACAACACAAUGGUUCGUCAGCAAACAUUGAAGAUUAUUAAUAAAUCAAGCUUUCUACUGACAUAUAUGUGCAUGAAAAAUGAUUGCGUUUAUUAUGACUUUGAAGAUAAAGUAAAACUAGCAACUAUGUGCUUCAAUUUAAAGGACAGUGAAUCCAUGAAGUCAAGAAAAUUAGUUUACUAUGAUGUUCUGAGUAGCGACGAACAUGAAAGAGUUUAUUCGAGAAUAUUCUUUGAUGAAAUACACGCUCUUGUUGCUGAUGAGUCGUUGACUUUUAACAAUACACAUUUUUCUAUUACACCUAUCAAAGGAAAGCUUUGGCCAAACAAAGCUACUGAGCUAACGAUAACGUUUUCUCCGAAAGAUGUAGGAGAUUUCCAAGCAACGGCCUAUUUAGAUAUUGAUGGCGUAAUUGACAGGGUACCACUAAACAUGGUUGGGAUUUCUCUCCCACCAUCAAUUCAUCUAAAUCUAGAAACUCUUGAUAUGGACUGCGUUUAUAUCAACAAAAAUUAUAACUAUGAAAUUGUCGCCGUAAAUAAAGGUGUGCCGAAGACUUUAGAAUUAGAUGUAAUCAAUGAAUCAAUAGUUCACGUACGUUGUUCAGUGAAAAUAUCAUCCGAUGGCCCUGAAGUAAGUAGUAUUACACUGACUGAUUAUGCUGUCGCGGAUAAACCAAAACCAGAAGUACCUCAAUGGCCUCGCGAAUUUAGUAUAGAACCGUGCAGAGUGGAAAUUGAGCCUGAAUCCAGAGUCUCUUUAAAGAUCACACUAACUGCUAAUCUUAUACGAGCUAAUCAGACCGCUCUUGAACUUGAAUUGGAAAAAUCGGAUAGCCCGCCUAUAAUUCUACCCGUGACUUUCAAUGCUAUGGUGCCCUUAAUUACUAUAGCACCAGAAAUUAGAAUAAGAGCAUGUUUUAUAGAUUUUGAAUACAAGAACGAAAUAUAUGUGUCAUCCAACGAAUUUUGGGGAUAUUUCACCUUAGUUGAACUGGAGGAGGAAUCAACGUUGGAAGUGGACGUAGGUGUAAAAGAAGGUCUUAUCGAACCAAACAGUACAAUAUGUUUGCCCGUCAAAAUUAAGACCGGUGUUCUAGGACCACAGGAAUACAGUGUACGGUUGCACCUGUUUGGAUUAUCGAAACCAAUUGAAAUUUGUCAUAUAUCCGGCUGUGGAGUACGACCAAUAGUUACGUGUUCGCCAGUAGCACUCCACUGGGGACAGCUCAACAAAGAUGGCAGAUGGCAAAUUCAACCAACUGAAGGCCAUAUUGACCCUGAAUCUGAAACAGAUUUACUACUGACGCUGUAUUUAUUUGAUGCGGAUAGUUAUACCAACAAAGCAGUAUUACAAUUGGAGAAAGUUAAAGAUAUUCUGGUACCGUUAUCGGCAACUGGAGUUGGGACCAGCAUAGUAGUCGGAGAACAGAGGGAUAGAAUUUUUCUUGGCCGCCAUUUUACCAAAAUACCUUUGAAUUGCAAAGUAAUUAUGGAGAACUGUGGAACUCGUAUGCACGCAUUAGAAUGGAGUGAAUACUAUAAACCACCUAAAAAUAAAACGCCUUCGGCCAGCUUCUUUAAUUUAGAUCCAAGAGUUUUUAAACUACAAGCAGGAGAGAAAAUGGAAUUGUUAAUAUCUGGGCUAUCGACCAGAGUCACGACAAUUAAAGAAAUGUGGUACUUAGUUGGUAGUGUAGAGGGCGUUAAUAAAAAAGAGUUAUUGAUGGAGUGCCAGAUUACGGCCGAGUUUGUUGAUCCAAAAAUUGAAGUAUCUUCGUCAGUUAUGGAGUUUCGAUAUGAUUAUGGCCCAUAUAGCGAGUUUUAUAAAUUGACAGAUAUUGUCACAAUAAAGAAUAUUUCCAAACUACCUCUUGAUAUAGAUAUCAGUGUAAAGCCACCAUUUGCUAUUAUUCAGAAACAAACAACAUAUAAAAUAUUACCAGAAGAAGAGAAUAUGUGUUGUUGUAUAUGUUACAAUGAAUCUGAUUUAAAUGUAUCAAAUCUAAUUGGCGAAAUGGGUCUACAUCAGUCAAGAAUAUUUAUUGAUUAUUUAACAUUAAAGCCUGUGGAGCCUCUUAGGAAAGAACCUUUACACUUCUUUCAAGAUAUCAAUAAAAUAAAAACAGCGUUUAAUCUCACACAUGCAGUUGAAGAACGUUUAGACGAUCAAGAAGUAAUGAAACUUCAAAUACUAUUUGACACUACAAAACACUUAUCUUUAAAAUCAAAAGUAUAUUGCGACCUAAUGAGAAUCAAAUUUAAGGGUCAUAAGAACAAGGAUGCAAUCAAACUUGUAGGAAAAAUUAAUUUUCCAAAUUUAUUACUUUUGACACCUCGAAUAGACUUCCAGUGUAUCUUAAAUAGGAGUGUCGAAAGUAAAACUAUAAAAAUACAAAACGUAACACCACUGUUAGUUUGCUAUAGGCUUCAAUGGAAGAAAUGUUCUGUCACUUCAAAACCUGUGGCACAGCUGCAAUUACCAAAAUCACGAGAAACCACCACAACAGAUAUUAAAUCCCUUACAGAUGCUGCAGAGACUCCUGAUAGUAAAUUACGGGAAAUUUUAAUUGAUCAACCUUCUUGCGUAUCUAAGGAAGAUAAGCGUAUCGAUAGUGCAGUAAAAGCUGUUCUACCUUCUCUUAAUGAUGUGAUUGGUUUAGAAGCUAGUUUCGAUUAUUCCAAAGAUGAACAAGAGUUUCAGAAAAGGCAGUUAAUUAAAAAAAUUGCGCCGAUGAUAGAUUCUGAAAUUGAAAAUAUGUUUUCAUGGAUUUAUAAGAUUCCAAAACUUGAUAAAGUAAAUGAUGUAAGUGUAAACGAAGUUUUACAACUGACACCACAUCGAGGUUUGCUUAAGCCAAACGAGAUACAGUAUGUGCAUGUUAUGUUCAGACCAAAACAAAAUAUCCAUGUACGUGCUAUACUUGAAUGUGAAGUUUUAGGUGGGCCACCUGAAACCGUUUUAGUAACAGGACAAAGUUCAACACUCAUGUUUCAUCUAAAUACUCAAAAACUGAAUUUCAAAAUAAGAUCUUUUCACGAGAAUGCAUCAGAAGAAUUGUCAUUAUUAAAUAUUUCUAAGUUACCAUUUGAAUAUAAAACUUAUCUGAAUGAACCUAAAUUUGAAAAUGAACUCGAGGGCACUAUUCUCGAGAUAGAGCCUCCUGAAAAAAUAUUAGAACCCGAAGAAGAAACACACUUAAAAAUUGUGUUACGACCAGGAGUAGUAGGGCAUUUUAGAAGAAUGUUUUUAUUGGAAAUUGGACAUCUCCCUCAUCUCCCGAUAGAAAUUUUCGGGUGGGGUCAAAUACCUCAAGUGUACAUAUCCUUGCAAAGACCUGACAUGAUUAAAUUGAAUCCGGAAUAUGGUUAUCUUGCUAUUGCAUCACUGAGUUUAGAAUAUCUAGAAGCAGUUAAUGAAUUUUUCAUAAAAGAAGUUUCUGAACAUUUGACAUCUCCGUUUGUAGAAAAGUGUUUCGAGGAUCCCGAUUUUCAGCAAGACUGGCAUAUAUGUUCAUCAUGGGACUCUUAUCCUUCGGUAAUGGAUGUAGAGUUAGCCAUAGAAAGGAUGUUGGUAAUAAAUCAUAUAAAACUUCGCCCCGAACUUUUAACAGUAUAUUCGAAUUCGUCGAAAAUGGGACCGAUUUCAGGAUUUCAAACAAUUCCCUAUGUUAUUGAUUACGGCGUGGUGAUCACUGGUAGUACGGUGCAAUGUACAGCAGACAUAAUAAACUAUGGUCCAAUACCUACGAAAUUGCAUUUAGCAAAGGGGUGUCAUAUACCGACAUGGUUAGGAUUGAAAUUGUGUGGAAGGAUAAUGCCCGGCGAAACGGGAAAACUUGAAGUGACAUUUGCACCUACGCCUGUUGAUUUUACAGAGCUAGAGCAGAAUCUGGAAACAGGUUUCAAUUUAGAGGUGACUUUUUCUAUUAACUAACUUUUGAGUAAUUUUUGUUUGUCUGUUCGUCAGAAAGAUUAGUAAAGAAUAUUAAACACGUAUUUUUUGCGUAAUCAAGAAAUUACUGCGAUAUAUUGAGUUCAAAUGUGGCCCAGGAACAUUUUUUUUCUGUAUAUUGUCGCGUGAUGCCACGCCUUUGUACAUUUUCUACUUAGUUGUAAUGUAGUGAGUCCCCACUCUUCAACUUUAAUGUCUAUUAUAUAAGCUUGUUAAAUUAAGACAAAAAAAAUACGUAUAUAAUAUUUUUAUAGUAUCUGAUUGACGGACUCAUAGAAUUUCCUUUUUUAACCGUUUAUCAUUAUCUAAGAGGUUUUGAUAUACAUGAAUUUAUUUAAAAAAAAAUAAUAUUUCGCUAGGGGAAAACCAACAUGUAUAUGGUAUGUUACGUUAAGAUUAAAAGUCUCCGGUCCCAAUCCAAUGAUGGUCUUAGAUAGUUCAGGUAAAUACGAACCAGGUGAAGGAGGCUGGCUAAGUGUAGCUUUCAAACCAACUAUGGAAAUGACCUACGAAGGAUUACUUAUAUUUAGAUUCCACAUGAAUCCAAACAGAAUGACCAUCCCAGUGACGGGGCAAGGUAUACUGCCGCAAGUGCAUAUCAUUGGUCCGCAAGUUAAUUUUCCACCAACUCUACCGUGGGCUGACACCACUGACAUGUAUUUUGGACUCACUAACCCUUGUCCUUUCCCAAUAGAGCUUAUUAUAGCUCAUCACGAUGUAAAAUGGAAAGAAGAAGAGGAAGUCUAUCAAUUACUAAACAAAUAUUAUAACAAACCUGAUGAAAUGUUGAUACCAGCCCUAAAACCGGGUGACGACUGGCCAAAGGAAAUAAUUAACUUUUAUACAACGUUUAAUGAAAACAUAAGAAAGGCAGUGGAUGAACAAGCGGCUGCUUUGAAGGCCGCAAAUGCAAAAACGUCGCCUACGGCUGCAAAAAAGGCAGCCAAAGCUUCAUCGAAAAGUGCACCAAAAGUUGCAGCGGUAAAAGACUCUUCCCCGCGAAAGUUUAGAACAGAAGCAGAGAUAACAGCAGAUGAAAUUAAAACUUUGAAAGAAAAUGGCGUCGAUCCACUGAAGGAGUGCUUACAUGUCUUUGAUCAAAUGUCAAGUGUUAGUGAUACUGAUAAUAAAGGAGUUAUUGUUUUUAUGCAUGGCUCUCCUUGUGAAGAGCUUUAUUGUCAAGAAAUGGCUUAUUCGGUUGGAAAAACACUAAAGAUACCCACUAUAAACAUCGACUUAUGUAUAGUGGACGCUUUAUGUGUAAGUUCCUGCCCUGCCAAAGAGAUUUUGAUGUCGGCGAUUAACGAAAUGUAUGAAAUGGUUCGUAAAUCAGGGGUUAAGGCGGAUUCAGAAGUAAACGAAGAAGAACAAGAAGAAUUAUUUGCUGAUACGGAAGACGAACAUGAAAUAGUGUGGAAAAAGAUCGAGUUUUUAGCUAACAACAGAAAUGUUGCAACGCCGAAAUCUAAAGCAAGCGAAAAAAAGAAAAAAAAGUCUUCCAGUUCUUCGCUUGCUUCACAUACCGCUUUAGGCGCAUUGGGAUCUACAACCAUGUUUCAUAUGCAACUUUUUGUUCAAAGGAACGUUUCUAAAAUAUACGAUGAAACCGAAAUAGAAAAAAUCAUUAACUCCUUAGAAGAAAUGGACGAAGAAGAAUAUGAAAAUUCAUCAGCGGAAUUUAAAGCUAUAUAUAUAGCUUAUGGCUUGGAAUUAAGGAGAAAAAAACUUUGGGAAAAGAAAGGGUACAAUCCAGAUCUUCAAAAGAAAUCUGUUAAAGAGCGCAGUAGGUCUAUCUUGACUAUCGGCGGCGGUUCUGAAUCAAAGAAAAAAAUAAAGAAAGAAGAUACUAAAGGCAAUUACAAUGUUAUGAAUUUAUCUCCUUAG